UCCAGCACCGCCCUGGCUCCCUCGGCUUGUUUUGCUCUAGUUCCGGCUUCCGGUGCUGACGUCACCAGGCUGACAAGAUGGCGGCGGACAGUGAUCCUGAAUCGGAAGUGUUUGAGAUCACUGACUUCACCACAGCCUCAGAAUGGGAGAGGUUUAUUUCAAAGGUUGAAGAAGUCUUAAAUGAUUGGAAACUAAUUGGCGAGUUCUCCAAGAAGACCCCAGAGAAGGGGGAGUACACUACUGGAGUGUGGGAGGAGAAAGGAGAUGACCUUUCAUUUGCAGACUUCAAAUUUAGUAUCAAGCACCACUAUUUGGUACAGGAGUCGGCUGAAAAGGAAGAAAAGGAAGAUGGCGGAGAAGAUUCCCUUCCUGUGUCCAUGCAAGAUCUGCUGUGUACAAACAAUGACUUCCCUGCAAUUGCUCAUUGCCUGGUUCGAUGGUACGGGCUGCGUGAAUUUGUAGUCAUGUCUCCAUCGGCUAACGACGCCGUCAUCAGCGAAUCGAAGUGCAAUCUCCUUCUGAGCUCCAUGUCUAUAGCUCUGGGGAACACAGGAUGCCAAGUUCCAAUCUUUGUGCAGAUUCAUCAGAAGUGGAGGAAACUUUACGUGGGCGAGUGCCAGGGGCCGGGAGUGCGGACAGACUUCGAGAUGGUCCAUUUAAGAAAAGUGCCCAAUCAAUACACGCACUUGUCGGGACUCCUGGACAUCUUCAAAUCCAAAAUUGGCUGUCCCCUUACUGCGCUCCCACCUGUGAACAUUGCAAUCCGCUUCACCUAUAUUCUGCAGGACUGGCAGCAGUACUUCUGGCCACAGCAACCACCAGAUAUUGAUGCUGUUAUUGGUGGAGAAGUUGGAGGACUGGAAUUUGGAAAACUUCCAUUUGGGGCCUGUGAGGAUCCAAUAAGUGAACUUCACUUGGCUACCACAUGGCCCUGUCUGACCGAAGGCAUUAUAGUGGAUAAUGAUGUGUAUUCGGACUUGGAUCCUCUUCAAGCUCCACAGUGGUCUGUCCGAGUCAGAAAAGCAGAUAACCCUCAGUGCAUGCUGGGGGAUUUUGUUACAGAGUUUUUCAAACUUUGCCGUCGUAAAGAGUCCACUGAUGAACUCCUGGGGAAAUCUGCUUUUGAGGAAAAUGGAAAAGACUCGGCUGAUAUCAGCCAGGCUCUAUCGAAGCUCACCGAACCAGCGCCAGUCCCCAUACACAAACUCUCUGUCACCGGCAUGGUCAGCAGUGCCAGGAAGAAGAUCCGUAAACAUCGUGGCGCUGACGAAUCCCCGUUAAGCAGCGAUGUCCUGAAUGCUGUUUUAUCUUUCCUGUUUCCAGAUGCAAAAUUACUGGAUGGAGGGGAGCCAAAGCCCAGUGGAUCUGCUGGAGAUAUUGCAGCUAAUGCAGACAUUGAUGAAUAUAACCUGUACAGCCAGCUUAAAUCGGCACCGGCGGACAGCCUAACCUACAAGCUGGCUCUGUGCCUGUGCAUGGUCAACUUCUACCAUGGAGGGGUGCGAGGUGUGGCACAUUUAUGGCAGGAGUUCGUACUGGAGAUGCGCUUUCGAUGGGAGAACAAUCAUAUGAUUUCAGGGUUAAGCGGCGGCCCUCCAGAUCUUAAAUGUUGCCUACUUCAUCAAAAGCUCCAGAUGUUGAACUGCUGCAUUGAGCGGAAGAAGGCACGGGAUGAUGCCAAGAAGGCAGAAACCACUGACCGUUCCUCAAGUACCUCCCUGUACAAGGCAGCGCAUGAGUCGGCCCAUUCUACAGAAUCGGAAAAGGGCAAGUAUGACGUGGGGAAGUCCUGGGACUCUUGGAGCGACAGCGAGGAUGAAUUCUUUGAGUGUCAGAGCGACACAGAGGAACUGACAGAGAGCACACAGGACGCAACUAGGAAACAGUCAACCAAAGAGGAGGCUAAAGAGGCAGCAAUGCUAAAACCUGAUGGACGCUUGCAUCAGUUUGGAAGUCUGUCCUUAUUAAACAAUGGAGAGCCUCUCUACGUUCCAAUAACACAGGAGCCGGCACCUAUGACAGAAGACCUGCUUGAGGAGCAGUCCGAGGUUCUGGCCAAGCUGGGCACCUCUGCGGAAGGGGCGCAUAUCCGGGCACGCAUGCAGAGCGCCUGUCUGCUGUCUGACAUGGAGUCUUUCAAGGCUGCAAAUCCUGGCUGCUCCCUGGAGGAUUUUGUGCGUUGGUACUCUCCCCGCGAUUACGUUGAAGAGGAAGUGGUGGACGAAAGUGGCAACAAAGUUGUUAAAGGUGAAUUGAGCCCUCGAAUGAUGAUCCCCAACAACAUGUGGGUAGAAGCAUGGGAGACGGCCAAGCCGACGCCGGCUCGCCGCCAGAGGAGACUCUUUGAUGACACCAAAGAGGCAGAAAAAGUCCUUCACUACUUGGCAAUGCAGAAGCCAGCAGACCUCGCCCGCCAUCUGCUGCCAUGUGUCAUUCAUGCUGCUCUGCUCAAGGUGAAAGAAGAAGAAAUAGUAGAAGACAUUCCUUCUGUAAAGGCCUCCGUAAAACGUAUCGUCUCCCAUUCCAGUAAAAUCCUGCGAUUCCCGAGCCCAGAAGACAAGAAGUUGGAGGACAUCAUCAGCCAGAUUACAAAUGCUGAGGCCACUAUAGCCAGAGCGCGGUCACUGAAGGCAAAGUUUGCCACAGAACGCUGUGAAUAUCCAGAGGAGAAGGAAGAUCUAGAGACGUUUGUCAGUUGUCUUCUGGAACAGCCUGAAGUGCCAAUCAUCGGAGCGGCCCGAGGGGUGGCCGGCGUGAUCAUCCACAAGAUGUUUGUGAACUCUCAGAGGACUGCAUCCAUGGGCCCGCUGGAGGAAGAUCUGAAAAGGUCCGGUGCACCAGAAGACAGGAAGGCGAUGUCCGGGGCAGAUUUCCCUCCCCCCGCAGGCCGGGAAGUCAUCCUGCGCACUACGGUUCCAAGACCCGCCCCCUAUUCCAAGGCUCUGCCCCAGCGCAUGUACAGCGUACUGACGAAGGACGAUUUCAGACUAGCUGGAGCUUUCUCCUCCGAUACAUCCUUCUUCUGAAGCUCCUAACUAAAAGAGGAGAGCCCUGAGGGGGAUGGGUAAUAGGGCAUCACAUAGAUGUCUUAUCUGCUCCUCCAGGCUGAAAAUAUUUCUCUUCUGAAUUUGUUUAGAACCUUUAAUUCCCGGAAUGAGAAGCAGAAGAUGCUUAUAUGGCCAGAGUGCCGAUGCAAUCAGGUGCGGUAAUGAUAAAUCUUUUCAUGAUAUUAAUUGGAACUUUCAGACGCUACAAAGGAUUUCAGGUCCUUUAUGUGACAACGCUUGGAGUAAAAAA